AUGUUUUCCUCGGUUUUCUUGACAGCGGCUUUGUCGGCUUUGCUGGCACCUCAGGCCCAUGCCACGCCCAAACCACUCGGCAGUAUUGAUGUUGCAAGCUUCAGACCGGAAGACAUCAUCUCAAAAGAUGUUGCCAUCAUCGGCGGCGGUUCUGCGGGUUGUUACUCGGCCAUCAGUCUUAAAGACAAGGGGAAGAGCGUAGCUGUGAUCGAGGUGACGGACCGGGUUGGGGGUAACACACAGACCUACAUUGAUCCGACCACCGGAACGCCCAUCGAUAUCGGUGUCCUGGUCUUCCACAAUAUUUCCGUUGUCAGAGACUACUUUGAGCGGUUUGAUAUCCCGUUAACGGUCUACAACUCUGAUGCAGACGGGUCGUCGUAUGGAUACUACGACUUUAGUUCGGGAAAGGAGCUCAAUAUUACCUUCCCUUCUACAAAUGAGACCGCUGUUGCAUUCGAAAAUUAUGCCGAGUUCCUCGAGCAAUACCCCAAGUUGAAUGAUGGGUUGUUCCUCCCCGAUCCGGUUCCUGAGGAUUUGCUUCUACCAUUUGGAGAAUUUGCAGACAAGUACAAUGUUGGUGCUUCUUUGAACACCAUGUAUGAGUUAGAUCCUGCGGUAGGCAAUUUCACGACGGUGCCUACGGUCGAGCGCAUUAGAACCAUGGGUCUCAGUCUAGUUGAGCAGCUAUCAACCGGCUUUCUAACCACCGCACACCACAACAACAGCGAAAUCUACACAAGGAUCCAAGCAGAGUUGUUGUCAUCAUCGAGUCUGUUGUUGGAGUCUGAAAUCAUCCAGGCGCGGCGCUUCAACGGUUCGGCAGGUGUACAGCUGAUUGUUGGAACCCCUGAAGGUUACAAGCUCAUUCAUGCGAAGAAACUGCUUAUGACCAUCCCACUCAAGCCAACCUUGCUCGCUCCGUUUGAUCUGAGUCCACAAGAGUUCAAUAUUUUCUCCAAGUUCAUCGAUGUCGGCUACUAUACCAGCAUCGUCAACAACACUGGUCUCCCAGAUGAUCUGGGUGUCUUUAACUACAACGAAGACACGCCGUACAACUUCCCUGUUCUUCCUGCACUGUACAAUGUUCAAGCUACAGGAGUAUCAGGCCUGAAGAAUGCUAUCUACGGCACCCCCCGAAGCCCCGAUACCUUCCCAAUGUCUGAUGACGAAGUGAAAGCCGAAAUCAUCAAAGGUAUCAAAACUCUACAAAGCGCAAAUCCUGACAAAUUCAACCAGACGGAACCGGAUUUUGUGAUGUUUAGUUCCCACACGCCUUUUUACCUGCAGGUCUCGCCGGAUGAAAUCAAGGAUGGCUUCUACGACAAGCUCUAUGCGUUGCAAGGGUUGAGGAAUACGUAUUGGAGUGGGGCUACCUUCCGAGGUCAGGAUAGCAGUGAUCUCUGGAGAUUCUCCGAGGAUAUUAUCCUUCCGGAGCUGCUCAAGGGGUUGUGA